AUGAUUGAUACUGGGAAAGCAUUCUGUACAGCCAACAAGCAGUUCAUGAAUGGAAUUCGAGACCUUGCACAAUAUUCCUGUAAAGAUGCAUUGGUUGAGACCAGCUUAACAAAGUUCUCUGACACCUUACAGGAAAUGAUCAAUUAUCACAAUAUCCUGUUUGACCAAACCCAAAGAUCAAUUAAAGCACAGCUUCAGACUUUCGUUAAAGAAGAUAUUAGGAAAUUUAAAGAUGCAAAGAAACAAUUUGAAAAAGUUAGUGAAGAAAAAGAGAAUGCUCUAGUAAAAAAUGCCCAAGUUCAAAGAAAUAAACAACACGAAGUAGAGGAAGCAACUAAUAUUUUGACUGCAACACGGAAAUGUUUUCGACACAUAGCUCUGGAUUAUGUUCUUCAGAUCAACGUUCUUCAGUCUAAGAGGAGAGCAGAAAUCUUAAAAUCAAUGUUAUCAUUUAUGUAUGCCCAUCUGGCUUUUUUCCAUCAAGGCUAUGAUCUGUUUAGUGAACUUGAGCCCUACAUGAAAGACCUUGGUGCACAGCUGGAUCAGUUGGCUGUAGAUGCUGCAAAGGAGAAGAGAGAUAUGGAGCAAAAGCACUCCACUAUUCAACAAAAGGAUUAUUCCAGUGAUGAUACUAAACUAGAAUACAAUGUAGAUGCAGCCAAUGGUAUUGUUAUGGAAGGUUAUCUAUUUAAGCGAGCCAGCAAUGCCUUCAAGACUUGGAACAGGAAAAAGCCAGAUCACAUCAGGCGCUGGUUCUCAAUACAAAAUAACCAACUUGUGUACCAGAAGAAAUUUAAGGAUAAUCCCACAGUAGUUGUUGAAGACUUGCGGCUUUGCACAGUUAAACACUGUGAGGACAUAGAAAGACGUUUCUGUUUUGAGGUGGUUUCUCCAACAAAGAGCUGCAUGCUUCAGGCUGACUCGGAAAAGCUGCGACAGGCAUGGAUUAAGGCUGUUCAGACUAGUAUUGCUACAGCAUAUAGAGAGAAAGGGGAUGAAUCUGAGAAACAGGAAAAGAAAUCAUCCCCUUCUACUGGAAGCCUAGAAUCUGGCAGUGAGACAAAAGAGAAGUUGUUAAAGGGAGAAAGUGCUCUACAGCGAGUUCAGUGUAUUCCUGGUAAUGCUGCCUGCUGUGAUUGUGGUUUGGCAGAUCCUCGCUGGGCCAGUAUCAACCUAGGAAUCACGCUGUGCAUCGAGUGCUCUGGGAUACACAGGAGCUUGGGAGUCCACUUUUCAAAAGUAAGAUCUUUAACGCUGGAUUCAUGGGAACCUGAACUUCUAAAGCUUAUGUGUGAAUUGGGAAAUGAUGUUAUAAAUAGAAUAUAUGAAGCGAAGUUGGAAAAAGUGGGAAUAAAGAAGCCACAACCUGGAAGCCAAAGGCAGGAAAAGGAGGCAUACAUCAGAGCAAAAUAUGUGGAAAGAAAGUUUGUAGAGAAGCAGCCUGCAUCACUACCUCUGCCUGAAUCUGGAACAAAAGUUUUGCCUCAAAGUCAGGAAGAGAAACGGCAUAGUGGGCCUGAAAAAUCCCUUUUGGCAGGGGAACAAGUACGAAGCAGUGACAGUGGGAUCCAGCAGAGUGCUGAUGACAGCAGAGAACACCUUGCCUCUACUAUAUCAGCUAACAGUUUGUAUGAACCAGAAGGAGACAAGCAAGAGUCUUCUGUGUUCUGUGACUCCAAGCAGCCUAGUCCAGGAUUGCAGCUGUAUCGAGCUGCCUUUGAGAAGAAUCUUCCUGAUAUGGCAGAAGCAUUGGCCCAUGGAGCUGAAGUAAACUGGGUCAAUGUAGAAGAAAACAAAGCAACACCACUCAUUCAGGCAGUGCGAGGGGGUUCAUUGGUUACUUGCACAUUACUGAUGCAGAAUGGGGCCAAUGUGAACAUCAGGGACAUGAAAGGAAGAGGACCCCUGCACCAUGCCACGGUUCUAGGACAUACGGGACAAGUGUGUUUAUUCCUAAAACGAGGAGCAAACCAGCAUGCCACUGAUGAAGAUGGGAAAGAUCCGUUGAGUAUAGCAGUGGAAGCUGCAAAUGCAGAUAUUGUAACAUUGUUGCGUUUAGCAAGGAUGAAUGAAGAAAUGCGUGAAUCGGAAGGACUCUAUGGACAGCCAGGAGAUGAAAUUUAUCAGGACAUUUUUCGUGACUUUUCUCAAAUGGCAUCAAAUAAUCCAGAGAAGCUAAACCGUUUCCAGCAGUCAGAUUCCCAGAAGUCUUAAGUGUCAAGAAGGAAAAGAACCUGAUCCUUAUAAUGCAAGCCUUUUUUUUUUUUUUUUUUUUACUUUAAAAGAAUGAAUUAUAUACAUUUUGUUAGAUAGUUUGGAUAAAAUGACCACUCUAA